UUUUAUUUCGUUUCUCGGUGCGCGCACGCACGCGCUCGCGUCCUGAACCAUUUGUACCGCACCGCAAGCCGCGGGUGACAUUAGACCCGAAAUACCGGCGCACGACCGUUUUCGUUCGAUUCGAACCCGAACGAACGGGAAAACAAUUGUCCAACGCUUUUCACGUGUCGUAGGUAAGUCAACGACGUGUUGCCCAUCCGAUCCCAACACGUUUUACGAUUUCGUUAUUACGCUCGCAUGAAAGUAUUGGCCGUUUUAAAAUGUACAUCUCCAACCUACGGGUCGUUGAUUACGUUUACACGUUUAUUUUCUAUUAUUUAACGUACGCACCGUUUCGACGGGUUCGUUUUACGGUUUUGAAUAUCGCACCCCGAAUUUACCGACCGAAAUGUGUUCGACGAUGAAUUUCAUGGCCCACGUAACAUUCAAGGUACGUUCGUAGCUGUCUCGUCCGCCAUUCCACCAUUGGAGUAAACAUGAAUUAGGCUGACAAAUAUUUCCGGAAACUCGUAAUCAUAUCACUGAUAAUAAUUGAUAACGUCAAGUAUCGCAUAUAUCAUGAUAUGGAAGAUGUUCGUGCUCGGUUAUCAAAACAACGGCGAAACCAGUUUAGUACUUAAAUCAUUGCAUCAGAUCGAAACCGCAACAAACUUCAUAAUGACUUCGUUCAGCAUUAUCCUUAUAGCUGUUGCAGUGCUUACCACACAGGUUAUGCAUACUAUUUCUCUUCCGAAAAAUUAUCGUUGUGUCUCUUCGAUAAAACCGUUGCCUGAAUUGAAUCCAGAAUCGCAGAAAUUAGAACCUAAACCUACAUCAUCCCGUUGCAAGCUGCAGUUAAAUAUGUCUUCAAAAUCAACGUCUUCAGUUCAAAAUUCGACAUCACCAAUUGAAACACUAUCACCACAGCUCUCUACUUCAAACUCAUCGUCUUCUACGACAAAACUACAACCAAUCAAUAAAUCACCUUCUUCGGUCUCAAAGUUACACGAUACCCUUAAGUUAUUUAAAUUACCUUUACAAUUCAUCUCGACCCUAUUGACCAUAUUAACGCCAUUUGACGGGCAAAAUACUUCUUCAACUAUUAAUCCAUUAAUUAAUCUUCAAAUGCCCUUAUCGCUCUCAACAAUUCAUCCUCAUGAUUCACUGUUCGAUAGCACGAAUAACUUACCUAUUUCAUAUGGUCCUUUACCUGAUACAAAUACAAAUAACAUACAAACUUCUUACGAUCCUAUACCGGCCAGCACAAGUAACUUGCCUACCCCUUGUAAUUCUCAAUCAGGAACUAUAAACAAUUUGCCUAUUCCAUGCAGCUCUUUAACGGACAAAAAUAAUUUGCCUAUUAUUUUUCCUAACAGUUUACCCGCAGGAAACUCAUAUAAUGCCCUUAUUUACAAUUUGUUGUGCAAUAUCGUAUUGGAGGAGAUCCGUCGUUUGACCGUCAUUACCCCACCAGUUAGUGUUCCAGAAUCUGCAUCUGGCGAUACAUUGACUGGUAGUACAAUAUUAGAUGAGACCCUCCUUAGUGGCAAUACACCUACCGAUAUUACAAACGAUUUACUAACAUCUUCAUCAAAUGAACCCUGUAUUUUCAAACCAACUGUUAAGCCGUCCAAGCCUUGUUCAAUGCAUACAUUAAAAUCAACGCACAUCAAACCACAUUCACCACCCUCUUUCAGUACACCAGUAAACCCACAUUCUCAUUCAAAAUUAUAUCCAUCAAACAAUGAAUAUUUUGAAAAUUUCAAACAUUUUAAAUCUGAUAGAGUUUCUCUUAAUCCACAAGAAGAACUUAUUUUAAAAAUUCUAAAGAGUCUGAAUCCCGAUUUUAAUACAUCGCCGCCAUUUAAAAGUAAAAAAUAAUUUAGUUAUGUAUAAAAUGAUUACAUGUAUGGGAUAACAUUUUAUAACAUAUAAAGACACCAAAUUUUCAAAUUGUUGUAAU